CAUUUACAGAUUUGUCCGUACGCAAUGUUUUAGUAUGAAUUCAACGCAAUUAUUUGUACAUGAAACCCCAGGAUAGCCAGUGCACAGGCUGCUGGGGGUUGUUUUGUGUUUUACACAUGAACUGCGGGCGGAGUUUAUCUUGUGUGUGUGUGUGCGUGUGUGUGUGUGUGUGUGUGGAGCUCGGCUGCCGCUGCAGGACUUCCAUUCAUCACUCGCGUCUGAUUAUCACUGCGUGUCUUCAUGCGUUUGCGCAACGCAGCAAAAACAUCUCAUCUCGUGUCGAAGAUCGUCCAGGUCGGCAGAGGCUGAAGACAUCAAGUCAAUCCCCAUCGGGUCCUUCACGAGGAUUUUGAGCAGUUUGUGGAUAGAAUGUUGAUGUGAGCUGUCACUGCAGAGACUCGAGGAGUAUUUACAUCCACGGACCUGCACGCAACAACAAGCGCAGUGCAAUGAUCUAUUCAUCAUAUUAAAACCUAGAUUUGGUCGACUCGCUGGUGCUAGAGGGACUGCGGUGGUUUCCACCUCUGCUGACAAGGCGAAGCGGGAUCAAAAUGGGAAACAGUUUCUCAAACAUAUCCGCUUUUCAGUCUCUCCACAUAGUGAUGCUCGGCUUGGACUCCGCAGGGAAAACCACGGUGCUUUACAGGCUGAAAUUCAACGAGUUUGUUAACACCGUGCCCACGAUCGGAUUCAACACGGAAAAGAUCAAGCUGAGCAAUGGUACAGCCAAAGGAAUAAGUUGUCAUUUUUGGGACGUCGGCGGACAGGAGAAACUCCGGCCCUUGUGGAAAUCGUACAGUCGAUGCACGGACGGCAUUAUUUACGUCGUGGACUCCGUAGACGUGGAUCGGUUGGAGGAGGCGAAGACGGAGCUGCAUAAAGUGACCAAAUUCGCUGAAAACCAAGGUACGCCGCUACUAGUCAUUGCAAAUAAACAAGACCUGCCUAAAUCUCUGCCUGUGGCGGAUAUAGAGAAACAACUGGCCCUCCAGGAGCUCACGCCUGCCACUACAUAUCACGUCCAACCAGCCUGCGCCAUCAUAGGCGAGGGGCUUCAUGAGGGAAUGGACAAACUGUAUGAAAUGAUUGUCAAACGACGAAAAACCCUUAAACAGAAGAAGAAGCGAUAAGUCUGUGAGCUUGAACAUGACCUCUACAUCGCCGAUGCCUUGAGGAGUUGUUGGGCAUGGCGUCUCGACAUUGCACUGAUAACAUUCAUAUGGAUUGAUGUUUGGAUUUUUGACUUUUCAGAUGUUGUGGUCAUGAGUCGCAUGGAAUCGUGCAAGUGAUUUCAACAUCGAACCAAAAACAUACGAAAAUGAGUUUUAUAUAAAAGGGCUGGUCCCGUUUUAUUGUGCAUAGCCAGGUCGUCAUGAGUUUGAGGAAGUUCUCUACUGUGCACUGUGAAAGAAACUGCAACGUUGAAAGAUGCUUGAUAUCCUGUUGACUGUUAUACAAACUUUGUUCAAAUACAAAGUGAAAAACAAUGUACGCAGAACUUUAGCUUCACGAUCCCAAAAUGAAUUUGGCGGUUUGUGGAGCGUAAAAUAUGAAAAAGAUUGCUGUAACAUCACAAGGCCUGAAUGACUAUGGGCUCAUGGAGAUGUCUAGAAACUGAAGAACGUGUGAUGGAUUGGGCAUUGACUGCAACACAGUCCAUCUUUAAGCACUUUUUUUCUUACCAAGAUAGUAGUGUACGACACUGUAGAGCAGAUGUUAGACUGCCUGUGUACUGCAGAGUCCAAAUGAAUCCUGAAGUAUUUUUCAAUUAAAAUGU